AUGUGAUCUUCUCCUUCGAGAGCCUCUUGAUUAGGGUUAAAGCAGCAGAAUUAGAGAAAACCAGGAAGCAAAGGAACGUGCUAAGGAAAUAAAGUUAUGUUGUAGGGGAAAACCACCCUGAAGGAAGGUGUGGGUGAGAAUAACAGAAUCAUGGGACUGUCUGUGAUUCCAGGCUCACUUCUGAUUUCAUCUUUUGGAUGAGAUGGAAUUGUGAGGCACUGGGAAACACAAAAUACUCCACAAGUGUUAUGUUAGGAAAUACCGUAGCAGAGGAAGAGCACUGGUAGAGUGAUAAUAAGAAAUAUAAAUAGAUCCAAGUCCAAACUCAUAUAAAUCAUAAUCAGCUACAUAAUUUGCUAAUCAUCCAAGUCUCUCCAUAUCUCAAAAAUGAUUCCUGCAUUUUCUGGCCUGUCAGGAAUGGGAUGGGGUUUUCAUGUUGUUCAGAAGUCCAGUUCAGUAGUUUAGGGCUUCUUUUGAUUAAGGAAUUAAAUGUCAGCAACCUUUGACCUACAAUGGACCUUAUGUUUAUAGCCCACUUUACAGUUUACAAAGAGCUUAACACACCUUAUGUCCUCCCGCCCCUUCAAGCCUGCAGUAUUCUCUCCUGCCUUUCAAUUCACAUCUAUUUUGGACACCAAUUAUUUGGCACUUAGACAGUCUCUAAGUCAGUCUGUAAAGGACAAGGUGUUUUUGCCCAGGAAAAAUACAGCCUACUAUGUGUCUCUAACUAGGUCUCCAGGCAUAGCUAAGCAGCCCAAGAGUGUCUGCAAGCAUUUGUACCCAGAGCACACUGCUGUUACAGGACGUACCACAUGAUAUCAUGUGUGUCAGCCUCUCUCCAUAUAGUGGCAUCUUCCUGUGGACAGUCACUGGGUCUAUAUUUAUUACUAUUAUUUAAGUCACUGGCUCUUAAUCAUUUUGGGGGUCCCCACGCUUGGCUCAGUACCUGCCCUUAGAGGUACACAGGGUGCAGCUGUUGAGUGAAUUAAUUUGCUGCCAGUCUAUUCACUGCAGCACAUUUUGCAUUUUAACCAGAUCAGUUAACAACUAUUUCUUUCAUAUUAUUAUUGCAAAAACACAGCACAGAGAGACCUGCCAAUUCCAGACUUCUACCUAGUGCCCUGGAAGUUUAAGUGUUCUUAUUGGUGGAGGCCAUUUAUUUCUGAUUAAAAGCCAUCUAAACCUUUUACUCAAUCCAAAGGAAGUCAUAGGUAUGUUUGCCUAUAUGUUUCCAAACUUGUUGAUAAAUUUUAUCUGCAUGAGCUGUCUUUUCCAGGAAGAAGAGAGGAAAGGAGGGAGUCAGUUAGGGAGGUGGGAAAUGAAUGCUGAGUAAAUAUUUGGUGCUAGGCAGUUUUGUGUAAUUAUUAUCACUGUUUAAGACCCAAACAAUCCUUCAAUAUGGCUAUUUUUCUUAUUUGCAAACAGUAAACCUUAAGGUGUGUAAGUGGAUUGUUUGGGGUCACAUGCCUAGUCAGUUGCAGAGACAGAGUUCAAAGCCAGUUCUGCUGCCUCCAAAGUCCAUUCUUAUUGCAGCCUGCCCAACUCUUCCAAAUCAAAAGAGACUCCUAAAUAAACAAAAAGUCUCAGGGGGAAAAGUGUAAAUUUUGCUAUAAAUAAUGAAGCCAGGCGUGAAGGUCUCAACCUUACAAAGGGUAGGGUGGCAGGUAAGAUUUGGAAACAGGCAGCCCUGAGAAAUCCCUCUGAUCCUUGUUGCAAGUCCCUGCCUAGAUCCUCCUCUGGAGCCAGGUGAGUCCGAAGGGUCCAAGGGCUCAGCAGUCUUCUUCUGCCCUCUGUAAAGUCAGUAACUUCACUUUGGUUUUGUGCCUGGGGGUUCUGAUCUGGCUAGGAGGCAAACUACAAAACCAAAAGGUCAGAAUCCCCCAAGCCCAACCAGAAGGUGUGGCAGCAAACCUGAGCUCAGGUGAGGGAAGAGGCUUAGUAGCAGGAAUCACAGGACACUUCAGGCUCUCAGACCAAUGAGAUGUGCACAUCCAGGCUCAUACUCAGAUACCCAAAGUCUCUCCAGACUCAACCUCUUAUUAGCAGAGUGGCCUUAAGUCGUGUUCAGUGAUGAUGCUAUAUGUUUUCCCAUUUACUGGUAAUCAGGGCUCAAUAAAUAUGUUCUCCCUAGGUUCCUCAAGGCAAACACCACUAUGGUAAGUGUCAUGACACUACAAAAGUCACAUAAGAGUUAUAUGGCAAGAUCUCUCCUCAAAAAGUACCAUGUCUUCAUAGGCAAAGUCAAAUCAGUUAAGUAUAUUUUAUAAAGCAAAUACUUUGAGGUCUCAACUACUCUUUGUGUGUUUCUCAGACUGGCCACGAGGGUUGAGGGAAAGGCAGCACUUGAGAGUGAGGACUCCUGACACUUCAAAGUCUUCCAUGUGACAUAAACCUGAUUUACUGAAAUCAACUCGGUGGUUAGCCCAUCUGAUCAAAGCAAAAGCUAUGCUGAUGUUUGCAGAAGCCCAAAACAUAAAAUCAAGAAAAACUGGUUAUAAAUCCCCACGACACAUUCACACUUCCUCCAAUCUUUCCUGACAACAUGGCAUCCCCAUUUCCAUAUGACCAUAUGACCACAGUUCUGUAUUAUGAACACACCAUGGCCAAGCGAGUUGCAGUGAUUGGAGCUGGUGUGAGUGGCCUGUCCUCCAUCAAAUGCUGCUUGGAUGAGGACCUGGAGCCUACCUGCUUUGAAAGAAGUAAUGACAUCGGGGGACUGUGGAAGUUUACUGAAACUUCUAAAGAUGGGAUAACCAGGGUCUACAAGUCAUUAGUGACAAACGUCUGCAAAGAAAUGUCAUGUUACAGCGACUUCCCCUUCCAAGAAGAUUAUCCCAAUUUCAUGAAGCAAGAAAAAUUUUGGGACUACCUCCAAGAGUUUGCUGAGCACUUUGACCUUCUGAAAUACAUUCAGUUUAGAACCACAGUGUGCAGUGUAACAAAGCGUCCUGACUUCUCCGAAACUGGUCAGUGGGAUGUUGUCACAGAGACAGAGGGGAAGCUGGACAGAGCUAUCUUUGAUGCUGUCAUGGUUUGCACUGGACACUUCCUGAAUCCCCAUUUACCUUUGGAGUCAUUUCCUGGAAUCCAUAAGUUUAAAGGCCAGAUCCUGCACAGUCAAGAGUACAAGAUCCCAACAGGCUUUCAGGACAAACGCGUCUUAGUGAUCGGUCUUGGGAACACUGGAGGGGACAUUGCAGUGGAGCUCAGUCGAACCGCAGCUCAGGUUCUUCUCAGUACUAGAACUGGUACCUGGGUCAUCAGCCGCUCUUCAGAUGGGGGCUACCCAUUUAAUAUGAUGGGUACAAGACGACGCCAUAAUUUUACUGCACAAGUUCUGCCUUCAUGUGUACUAAAGUGGAGUCAAGAGAGGGGCUUGAAUAAAAGAUUUGAUCAUACUAAUUAUGGACUAAAUAUUACUAAGGGGAAAAAACCAAAAAAAAUUGUGAAUGAUGAGCUGCCAACCUGUAUCCUCUGUGGGACAGUCACUAUGAAAACCAGCGUGAAGGAGUUUACAGAAACUUCUGCUCUCUUUGAAGAUGGGACAGUGGAAGAAAACAUCGAUGUUGUGAUCUUCACUACAGGAUACACCUUUUCUUUUCCCUUUCUGGAAGAACCUCUCAAAAGCCUUUGCACAAAGAAGAUAUUCCUGUAUAAGCUGGUCUUUCCCUCAAACCUAGAGAGGACAACACUGGCUAUGAUUGGCUUCAUCAGCCUUACAGGAUCCAUCUUAGCAGGCACAGAGCUCCAAGCACGAUGGGCCACAAGAGUAUUCAAAGGACUCUGUAAGAUACCUCCAUCUCAAAAAUUGAUGGCUGAGGCUACGAAAAAGGAGCAGCUCAUAGAAAGGGGUUUGAUGAAAGAUACCAGUGGAGACAAACUUGACUACAUUUCCUACAUGGAUGACCUCGCUGCCUGCAUAGGCACGAAGCCCAAUGUCCCACUUCUGUUCCUCAAGGAUCCCAGACUAGCUUGGGAAGUUUUCUUUGGACCAUGUACUCCUUACCAGUAUCGCCUAAUGGGCCCUGGAAAAUGGGAUGGAGCCAGAAAUGCCAUCCUGACCCAGUGGGACAGGACACUGAAACCCUUAAAAACUCGAAUAGUUCCCGAUUCCUCCAAGCCUGCCUCCGUGUCACAUUAUUUGAAAGCUUGGGGGGCACCUAUCCUGCUCGCCUCCCUUCUACUGAUCUGUACAUCUUCAUUUUUUUUGAAAUUGGUGCCAGAAAAACUAUGGGACAGAAUUUCUCCUUACUUAAUAAGUAUUUGGCGAGGAUAAAUCUGCUUGGUUAUGAGGGUUGUACCAAGUCAUAUUAAUUCUAUUCCCAAAUAUCUUGUGUUUUUCACUUCUCCUUUCCAUCAUAACUGUUAUCAUCCAAGGUUAGGUCUAAUCAUCUCUUAUCUGAAUUAUUGUACUAUCUUUCUCUCUAGUCUCAGUAUCCCUUUUUUUUUGCCUCCUUUACCUAAGCAAUUAUUCUAAAAUAAAAAAUAUUGUCAUUGUUUCCAUCAAGAUCCUGGCAGGAAUAAGACAGAACUCAAAUUAGGUAAUUUAAUAUAAAGAUUAUGUCAAGUGGUUUGGGCAGAGUGUAGGGAAAUCAUAAGUAGAAUGAAAUUCUGCCAGACUUGUACAGUGAGGUGCUUCUACCACCCGUAGGCCUAAUGACGCAAGGGGAGAAAACAAUUAUGAAUGAGAGAGAGGGAGAGAGAGAGAGAGAGAGAUUAUGUAGAGAGGGCCACCUCUCAAGAACUAUGACCUCUAGCUGACCAAUGAAGGCAGUCCAUGGUGACCCCAAAAGUACUAGGGAAAUUAAUUGCCGAAUCUUAGGCUCUUCCCUCCCGCUGAUCAUCUGCCCAUGCUCCCCAGUGGCCUAACCCAACCAAAAUUUAGAGGGCAAGGUUACUGACUAUUGUGGAUUUAACUGCACCCCCCCCCAACCAAAAGAUAUAUUCAAGUCGUAACCCCUGGUAUCUGUGAAUGUGACCUUACUUGGAAGUAGGAUCUUUGCAAAUGUAUAUAAGUUAAGAUGAGAUCAUACUGAAGUAGGGUGAGCUAGAUCCAAUAUAAAAAGGGGAUCCUUAUAAAAAGAGGAUAAGACACACAGAGACACAGUCACAGUGGAGAAUGCCAUGUGAAGACAGGCAGAGAUUGGAGUGCUGUAUCUACAAACUAAGGAUCGCCAAGCAAGCAAACACUGGAAGGUAAGAGAGAGGCACAGAUCAGAUUCUCCCUCAAAAGCUCCAGAGGGAGCAACCCUGCCAACAAUUCCAGACUCCUAGCCUCCAGAACUGUGAAAGAAUAAGCCACCCAUUCUGUGGUACUUUGCUAUAGCAGUCUUAGGUUACCAAUACACCAACUGAUGUUUUCCGUGGAGGUGAGCCUCCUAAGCCACAGAGCAAAGCAGAGAUGAUGGGGAGUGUGUAGGAAAAGGCAACCAGAAAGGAUCCAGAGCAGACAUGUUGCUUUCCAAUGUAAAAAUCCUUCAAAGUUUGUCCCUUGAUUAGAGAUAAUAAAUUCCUUAGCCUGGAAGAGGAGACUCUUCAUGACCAGAGUCCCUUUGCCCAGGUCACCAGAAUCCUGUCCUACAGCUACCCCUCCACUUCAAACCCUGCCCUCUAGUACUACCAGACUAUGGACUCUGCUGUACCUCCUCACUUUGGCACAAGCUGUUGCCUCUUCCAGCCCCUCAAAUCCAUACCUGACUGUCUUUCUUGAGAGAGCUUGAUCAUCUCCCUCUGUGAAGCCUUCCCUGAAUCCCCAAAGCAGAGUUGACUGCCCCUUCGUAAUGAUUGUGCCUCAUGUACUACUCUGCCAUUGUUCUGUUCUUACUAUAGUAUAAUUUUCUUUUUGUGUCUGUCUCCUAAUGAAUGGUGAGUUCUUGAGAGGAACCAUGUCCUGUUCAGCUAAAACACGGCCUGAUAAAAAGACUGCAAAAUAAAUACGUGAUGACUGAACGGUGA